GCAGGCAGGGAAACCGGGCGGACACAGCAAGGUCCCCCGUGUGAAAGCACUGAUGUAAUUUUGCGAUGGGUCUUCCUGUGAUGAAGAAACCUUUAUUUGUAAUAAACAAUGGAAUAUGGCAAAAUCAUACCCAGGCAAACAACCUCCCCAACCUUUCCAUCUCUGUAUAAAUGACUGUGAUUAGGGAGCACCAUUGCGAACACUUGUGCAUUUAUGCACACAGAAGAUGCAGAUAUGUUGUUGUGGUCAUGACACACAUAUACAUUUUAAACAGACCCCUGCUAUAUAAGGGAUGGCUCAAUAGUGGCCUUCGUCAGCCUACAUGAAAGGAGGAAACCUUGACUGCCAAGCAGCACCUGAGCAACGAACCGGGCAGCAAUGGCUCCAGGGUCCUGGCUGUCUCCUCUCUUCCUUGCUGUGAUCACUCUGGGACUGCAGUGGCCACAGGAAGCUGCCACCUUCCCGGCCAUGCCCCUUUCCAACCUGUUUGCCAACGCUGUGCUGAGGGCUCAGCACCUUCACCUCCUGGCUGCUGAGACGUACAAAGAGUUCGAACGCACCUAUAUCCCAGAGGACCAAAGACACGCCAACAAAAACUCCCAGGCAGCAUUUUGUUACUCAGAAACCAUCCCUGCUCCCACGGGGAAGGACGAUGCUCAGCAGAAAUCGGACAUGGAGCUGCUUCGGUUCUCACUGGUUCUCAUCCAGUCCUGGCUGAGCCCAGUGCAAUACCUAAGCAAGGUGUUCACCAACAACCUGGUUUUUGGCACCUCAGACCGAGUGUAUGAAAAACUAAAGGACCUGGAAGAAGGGAUCCAAGCUCUGAUGAGGGAGCUGGAGGACCGGAGCCCGCGGGGUCCCCAGAUCCUCAAACCCACCUACGACAAGUUCGACAUCCACCUCCGCACCGAGGACGCGCUGCUGAAGAACUACGGCUUGCUGUCCUGCUUCAAGAAGGACCUGCACAAGGUGGAGACCUACCUGAAGCAUUCCCUGUUCUCAGCGUUUUCCAGGUUCGGGCCGCUCUACUCAGUGCGAGCGCACAGGAACGCAGCCGUGGCAGGGCCUGGCUAUUGCGCUGUUAUCAAGUUCUAUUCAGCUGGAGAUGCCAGCAGAGCCCAGCACGCGUGCAACGGGCAAAGCUGUUUCAGAAGUCCCCCUUGAAGGUAAGCAGAACACACAAGUGAAACCUGCAGGACUUGCACCUCCAGCAGCAGGGUGGAAUCACAUGGAACACUCAGUGGUGUCAGUGAUGCUUCCCGUGCAAAAGGUUUACUGACUUGUGGCUG